GGAGCUGACCUUGAGGAUUCGAUGAAGAUGGGGAUCAUUCCCCGGAUAGUUCAGGACAUCUUCAAUCACAUCUAUGGGAUGGACGAAAACCUUGAAUUCCACAUCAAGGUCUCCUACUUCGAAAUCUACAUGGAUAAAAUACGUGACUUGCUAGAUGUGACGAAGACAAACCUGGCGGUGCAUGAGGAUAAGAACAGAGUUUCGUACGUCAAGGUAAGAAAUAAUAGAUAUUAG